ACAAUGCAAAUGGUCUGCAUGUGGGUUGAGGAAGCUUAACUGAACUGAUGUUAGACCAUUAUCUAGCUAGCUUUAUUACGCUACAAGAUGUUUAGGUUUUCACUAAUAGCAUAUGUUUGAACAUGACUUGUAUUUUGAGUGGUAAUCAUAAAAUAUUCGUUUGUAGAACUGACCUUAUGACGCCCUGAAAAAGGAAAAAAUAAGGGUACAGUCCAGUAAGAGGAAACCGAAAACCAAUGUCUGAAUCCGAAGGAAAGCGGUGUUGCUGGUGGAAACGUCAUCCUAAAUAAGUUUUGAAACGGACAUUUCAUCUAAUGAAAACUCACUGCAAACUUACAGACCACGGCAUGGACAAUAAGGCAAAUGGCUCAGUUGAAACCAAAAGCCCUGUGGAGAAUGGACAGACCUUGCCGGACCCUGCCAACUGGGCUGUGGCAGACGUAGUGAAUUAUUUCAAAGCGACAGGAUUUGAAGAGCAAGCAACAGCUUUCCAAGAUCAGGAAAUUGAUGGAAAGUCCUUGCUGUUGAUGACACGUAAUGACGUCCUCACAGGACUGUCAAUCAAGCUUGGUCCUGCACUGAAGAUCUAUGAGUACCACGUGAAGCCACUACAGACCCAGCACCUGAAAAGCAAUGUGUCGUAGCAUUUUAGAGACACCUGCCCCAGGAAGGACAAUCAAACCAGGAGACACAUGAGCAGUGUGAAUACAGGGUAACAACAUAGUGACACAGUAAAUAGACUUCUGAUGCGACAUGUGUAUGGGGAGACUGUGAGUGUAUGUUUUUAUCAGUGUGAAAAAUGACCUGUACAGAAAGUCCACCCGCUUAUUGACCUUUUGAGCCACUGACGUUUUUUCUGCUGCUUUAAAAGUCUUUGUACCCUAUUUUAUUUAAGGAGUGGGAAAGGGUGGAGGGUGUUAUGCAGGGUGUUUUGUGUUUGAAAUGUGUUGUUCAAAAUUUGUUGAAAAUACAUCUAAAUAAGAUCUUGUUCAAUAGUUCAAAAUGUAUUGUGUAUGAAGCUUUUAAUAUUUAAAGAAAGAGAAACCCAGUUCCAAAAUGUAUGAUCAGUUUUGUAAGUCCUGUUAUACAGUGAGUAUUUAGCGUGAUGCAAUGAUUUCCAAGUUAGAAGUGUUCUCUACUCAGAAAAUACUGUUUACCUACUCACCAAUUGUAUAGUGAAUAAUCAAAAGUUAUAUAUUAUUUAUGUGUUGUGACAGAUUAUUUCAUUUAUGUACUUGCCUGUGGUGCUUUCACACAUUGUCUAAAAGACAAGGAUUAAUAACAGUCCAACAUGACACUGGAAUCAAAAAUCUGGAUUUUACAAAGAUUUGCAAUAAAUGGUGCUUUUCUCUCACCAAAGACCCAUAGUAUCAUGGAUUUAGGCCAUAUUGUUCCAGUCUCUUAGAUGAACCAUCUGAGAUUUUAUCAUUGUCACUUCUCUAUUAACCAUACUCACCUACUUAAAUGAAUGCACUGACAAUUUCUGUAAAUUUUUCUGAAAGAGUAUCUGCCAAAUGACUGAAAUGUAAUGCAUUAUUGCUCAGAUUUGACUUGGUGCUAUUAAAGACACAGUCCAAUUAUA